GCUUCAAGUCCACUUCCCUCCAGUAUAAAAGGCACAUGCCCCCAUCAGCUGCCCUGCUUCUGCUUGGAGCAGCAACUACCAGAGAAGCAGCUUUGGUGCACACAGCCUUCCCACCACUGCUCCAUCAUGUGGCAUCCAAUCUCCUGGACACCACGUGCCCAGUGGUCACCAAACCACUUAAAGCUAGUCACUGUCUAUGUCCUGAUGCUCUUGGUGUCACUCAGCUUUGCUUCGGGACAGAGCAGGCCAUUUAAACAUCAGAUAGACAACAGAAGUCCUGAGAUUGACCCUUUUUGGUACAUAGGCCGUGGUGUUCGCCCCAUCGGUCGCUUUGGGAAGAGACAGCUGAGAAGCAGCCGUGGCAGCCUGAGGCCUGUGAACAAACACCUGGAUUUCAUCUUGAAUACUUUGUGGGAGCAAAAAUCAUUGGACACAGAGGACAGUGACUGGUGAUCUCUAUUGCCCAGGGUGGCAACCCAACCUCUGUUCUUUGAAUUGUGCCCUCCCCUGCAACUCAGACCUACAGUUCUGCUUUUGCCUAGCAAUCUCACGCUGCUCUUCUUUCUGCUCCUUGUGCAAGUACCUUCAAAAAGAAACAUGUUCAGGGUGCCAGUAAAAGACAAUGCAUGGACACCAGCACUGAGUGGCACCACUGGUUAUAAAAAUGUUUCUUCAUUGUGCAUCCCCAUCAAUCUCCUGAUCCUGUUCACUGCUAGGAUCACUGUUAAGUUUAUCCAAAGCCCACACAGCUUUUGGGCUGGAAUUGAAACUCUGCAGUGUUAAAUGUAUCAUAAAACCUUCAUGUCCGAUUUCAAAGUCAAUGGCUGUUGAUAUGUAAAAAUAAAAAGCAAUGGUUGGAAGAAAGAAAAAAGGCUCUUACCAAUUUUUAAUGUACCUGCAUUAAUGGCAUGAAAGGCUGGUUCUUUGUGUGUAGCUUUUAUAAAGAUUGCUAACAUCCACUCUUAAGAAUGUCUCCCUGAAGUACCCACUGGACCUUCAUAAUUCUUCUUACACAGAUGGAGAGAUAUAUUAAUGAACAAA